CCAUGCUCAUCCAGAGGCCCAGGUGAGGAGAAAAAGCUUUACAUGCCUACAUCACAUUCACCCUUUUACAAAACACCACUGCACUGCACAGCACAGCACUGUCUGCAUAGUAAGUCAGCCUCUACAUCCCAAAACAAGACCUAAGCGGCCUCAUUCCUGUUGUGCGUGAAAGCGUUGUGCGUUUGUUUCCUCAAUCCUGCCUUUGUGCCCAGGCGUGCACCGCCAUUGGCUGGCUGGAGCUGCUCAUUUGCAUACAGAACACAGGAAGGCGGUAGACUAGUGGAGGCUUCAGCAAGGGUUGCCAGAUUUGGCAAUUUCCCCGCCCAAGUGGGAUGUUUAAGACGGCCAUCUGCAGGUUAAAAAGAUUUUGGGAGGGUUCUGUAGAUCUAUGGCCGUAUAAAUUGCUAUAAUUUAGCUCAAAUUGGGCAGAAUAUUAGUGUCUCUAGGCAGGUUUUGAGCAUGUCAGGGGCUAGUGAUCAUCUGUCACAUCUGGCAACCCUGAGCAGCAGCUGCUGUAAGCCCGCCCUGGGAAUUGUGGGUCUGACACAUGAAAGGGAAAAUGAAAGCUGACUGUCUGCGCCAGAGGCACAGGCGCGAAUGAUGCAGCUGAAUUUGAGCAUUUGCCCCUCGACUGUGACGCAACAGACGAACCCUACUCUCUCUGGCUAGCUCUCCUCCACCACCUCCACCACCACCUCCUCCACCACCACCACUAUCAUGUGGCUGCUGGUUCUCUCCCUGCUGCCCCUUGCGGUAUUUGGCAGCGACCCCCAGCACCACGGGGCCUCCCACCCCACCCCCGAAUCCCAAUCCAACGAAAGUGGCCCCCGCAUGGCCACCAAUGGCCUGCCGUUCCCCUGGAGCAAGCUGCGGCUCCCUGGCUACAUUGUGCCGGUGCAUUACCAUCUGCUCGUGCACCCUAACCUCACCACGCUGCGCUUCUCGGGCUCGGCCAAGAUCGAGAUCGACGUGCGGAACAGCACCAACUGGGUGGUCCUGCACAGCAAGGGGCUGGAGAUAGCGGAGGCGACCGUGCUGGACGAGAGCGAGGCACACCUGGCGGAGCGUGUGCUGCCCGUGCUGGAGUACCCGCCGCACGAGCAGAUCGCCAUCUUCUCGCCCAAGCUCCUCAACGCCGGCGAGAAGUACUUCCUGUAUCUGAGGUUCGAGGCCCCACUGGGGAGCGGCUACCACGGCUUCUACAGGAGCACGUACAAGACUAAAACGGGAGAGGCGAGGGUGCUGGCCUCCACUCAUUUCGAGCCCACCUCUGCACGAAUGGCUUUCCCAUGUUUCGACGAGCCCAGUUACAAAGCCAACUACAGCAUAAGGAUAAGGCGAGAGCCCCCCUACAUCGCCCUGUCAAAUAUGCCCAUAGAGCAGACUGUGGAGCUGGACAAUGGUCUUCUGGAGGACCACUUUGAUACGAGUGUGCAGAUGAGCACCUAUCUGGUGGCCUUUAUUGUGUGUGAUUUCAAAUGGGUGACUGGCAGGACCUCAUCUGGAGUAGAGGUUUCGAUUUACGCCGUUCCAGACAAGUGGCACCAAACCCAUUACGCUGUCCAGGCGGCACUGAAGAUUCUAGAGUUCUAUGAGACGUAUUUCAACAUCUACUAUCCCCUGCCCAAGCUAGACCUGAUUGCCAUCCCGGACUUCCAGUCGGGGGCAAUGGAGAACUGGGGUCUGAACACUUACAGGGAGACAGCUUUGCUCCUGGAUACGGCCUCCUCAUCCGCCUCCGACCAGCUCUGGGUCACCAUGGUGAUAGGACACGAGCUGGCCCAUCAGUGGUUUGGAAACCUGGUAACAAUGGAAUGGUGGAACGACAUAUGGUUGAAUGAAGGGUUCGCCAGAUACAUGGAAUUCGUCUCUGUCGAUGCGACAUACCCAGACCUAAAUGUGGAAGACUAUUUACUGGGUACUUGCUUUGCUGCCAUUGGACGAGACUCUCUCAACUCCUCUCGACCAAUAUCCUGCCCGGCAGAUAACCCCACCCAGAUCAAAGAGAUGUUUGACACCGUCUCCUAUGACAAGGGCGCAUGCAUUCUGCACAUGCUUAGACACUUUCUCACGGAUGAAGUUUUCCAGAGUGGCAUCGUGCGAUACCUGAAGAGGUUCAGAUACAGGAACGCAAGAAAUGAAGACCUCUGGGACAGCCUGGCCAAUACAUGCUCAGAGGAUGAGUUUACCUCGGGAGAAUACUGCUACACUGGUAACCAAGCAACGAAAAAUGCGGUAAAUUAUCGAUACACGGGGGAGCAUAUGGACUUAAAGACCAUCAUGAAUACAUGGACGCUGCAGAGAGGUAUUCCCCUGGUGAGGGUGAGGCAGGAGGGCUCAAAGUUGUACCUCACACAGGAGCGCUUCAUCAAAACCACCCACCCCACUGACCCUCUAUGGCCGUCUAUGCAAAAAGGCUUUCUGUGGCACAUCCCCCUCACGUACAAAACAAGCCACUCGCAAAGUGACAUGAGGCAUUUACUAGACACACAGACAGGUGUUCUGGACCUGGAUGAGAGUGUGGAGUGGGUGAAGUUCAACUCGGACAUGAAUGGCUACUACAUUGUCCAUUAUGAGGGGGACGGCUGGGAGAGACUGAGCAGACUUCUGAAGCACAACCUCACCGCUCUCACAUACAAGGAUCGCGCCAAUCUCAUCCACAACGCUUUUCAGCUCGUCACUGCUGGACAGCUGUCUCUCAACACUGCUCUCGACCUGAUCACUUACCUCCAGUCUGAGACCCAUAAUGUCCCACUCCUAGAAGGCCUUGGAUAUCUGGAAACUUCCUACAAAAUGGUAGAGAAAAGAGGCCUGUCAGAGGUCACUCAAAAUGUGAAAGACUUCAUCCUGCUUUUUUUCCGAGGGCUGAUAGACAGGCAGGAGUGGAGUGACGAGGGCUCCAUCUCGGACAGGAGACUGCGCUCCGAGGUGCUCUCCAUGGCCUGCGAUCUGGCAUACUCCCCUUGCCUCGAGAGAGCCAAAUGCUUUUUCAAUGAUUGGAAGACAUCCAACGGUACACUGAGUCUGCCAGGCGAUGUGACUGAGACGGUCUUCAGUAUUGGUGCUCAGGAGCCAGAGGGAUGGGAUUUCCUGCUGGAGAAGUACACCACGUCCAUGUCAGAAGCUCAGAAAGAGAAAAUACUCUCUGCUCUCACGACCAGCCAAGAUCCAACUAAGUUGAUAAGGCUACUGUACCUUGGCAUGGAGGGCCAGAUCAUAAAGACAGUGGUGCUGCCUUCACUAAUCUACACAGUCGCUAGAAACCCCAAGGGAACUGUGCUGGCAUGGAACUUUGUGAAGAACAACUGGGAUAAGCUGGUGGAAAAGUUUCAGCUGGGAUCAGGCAGCAUCAGAAACAUUAUAAUCGGCACAACAGGCCAGUUCUCAUCAAACGAAGAACUAAAGGAUAUCAAGGCUUUUUUCGAGUCCAUUAAAGAGCAGUCUUCCCAACUGCGUGUCACUCAGGUGGCCAUUGAGAAUGUGGAGAAGAACAUCAUGUGGCUGGAGAAGAAUGUGGAUACUCUUAGGAACUGGUUGACAAAAACUCUAACAUCACUACAGAAAAAAUGAGAUGACUGAGAUAGGUCACUGAAGAAAGUGAAAUAAGGUGCAACUGGACUUGUUUGACCAGUGUGUCAACACAGAAUAUUGGAGAUCUGUAUAGUAUUUUUCCAUUAAAUGCGUUUGAGAUUUUGAAUGGUAGCUGUUUUUAAACCAAAAUAUAGGCCUACUGCAAAGAUAUCAGUCUGUAUUUUCCCGUGUUUUAUGGGAUGUUUGUGAAAUGAUGAACAAUAAAAACGGCCUAUAAUAAACACCAAAAUGCAGCCUGGUUUUGUGCAGUAAAACACUUGUGAAACGACAGCGCUCUCUAGUGACAUGGUUUGAUACUACAACUAAACUCUUGACCAUAAAUAGGCUACGCAAUGAAUAUGCACGUUUUAUAAAUAUGCCCGUGCAUGCGUCACAUGUUAAAAACAAUCAAAAUAGGUAGGCCUAAGUGUUCCAACAAUGCAAAUUUGUUGCCUUGAAGGUUAUGUUAUAGAAUUCUGCCUUAAGGCAUUGCUAUUUUCACAGCGUUGUCCCUCUCG